AUGAAAUAUGACCCAUCAACGGGUUUCGGAAGGAAAACCCAUAAGACACAAAGGAGGAAUGUGAAACGUAAAACUUAUUCACCCAUGUUUAUUCCGUACUCCGUGCCUACUUUGUACAUUCCAAAGCCGGCUGUCAUCGACUGGAUUGGCAGUUUGAGGGAAGCAAUCCCUUGCGUUUGCACCCCAUUCCUCCUUGCUUAUCAGCCAGCACUGACAUCUCACGAGCCAAGACGCAUGACGCUAUGGCCCUGUCUCGGUUGA